AUGAUGAAACAGGGGACGGCGGCGGCGAGUGGGGCGUUUACCGGGGGAGGCGAUGUUCGUGCUGGCGCAGGCGAGAGGAAGAUCUCCAGCCUACCGGCGUACCUCGCCACGGCCGUGGAGGGCUGCCACAUCACGGGCGACAUCGUGCGGCGCUUCGCGGAGAUGGAGCUCUCGCCGCUGCUCCGUUGGCUGCUGGGCUUCAGAGGGUCCAGGGAGCGCCUCCUCACCGACGACCUCUUCAUCGCCAAGCUCGCCAUGGAGAUGGGCGUCAGCAUGAUCGCCAAGACCGUUGCCGAGUACGAGAAGAGACGGGAGAACUUCGUCAAAGAAAUUGACAUCAUCAUCGCUGAUGUGGGUGGGGUCGUCAUUCAAGGGAUGGACUUUUCCUUCAGGUUAUGGUCUUGUUUCUCUCAAGGAGAUGGUGAUAGCAAGGGGGGAGCGCAAGAUGUUGCUGAUGGAUUCAACAAUGCUUUUGGCAACGAUGAAGUUGAACUUGAUGACGGACUAGAGAAGAAAGUAUGUCAGAGAUAUGCAUGUUAGCCCUUAAGCAUAUCAGAAUACAAUCAUUCAACGCAUAAUUAGUCAGUUAUAUAUUCUACUCAUGUCCCCAACAAGGCAACAAUCGACCAGGUUACAUAUCUUCUGUACUAAAUGUAUCAUAGCUUUUGUACAUGCUGUUCCCGCAGUACUACAAUCUCUAGAUAUAGGGUUGAUAGAAAGAUUUGCUUGAAUCAGAUA